CCAUACGACAGCUUCUACCAGCCCAGCACCGCAUAACCUCCCACUAAUCCACUCACCACCGCGCCCCCCACACUCAACAACUGAAGCACAUACCAAAGGAAAAUGGGAUUCCUCUCCCGCCUCCUCACACUCAUUGGCCUGGUGCUCCUCGCCCACGCCGGCUACUCCGCCCACGAACAAACCCUGCUAACAAGCAGCACCCGCACGCACCUCAUCACACCAUCGAGCCCGUUGAGCCCGUCGUCAUCGACAACAGCAAAAGCAACAGCAAACCCCCUCCUUCCCGCAGACAUCAUCAUCGAAGCCCUCGUGUCCCUGGUCAUCGUCUCCGCGGGCCUUGUCCUCGGUACCGAGCAGCUUAAGCCUAUUAGUUGGAGUGAGUGGGCGGGGCAGAUCGAGCGGGAGGGGAAGGCGCGCCAUCCGUAUCGGCGGUUGGAGGAACGGUAUGGGUUCUGGGAUGUUAGGACGAAGAGGAAGGAGUUUGCGGAUUGGAUAAGAGGGGAUGGGAUGGGGAAGGUUGGGGAGUGAGUUUUGUCUGUCGGUUAAAAUUAUCUGGUUCUGAGAGGGUGGUGGUUUGGUAUGGCCAUUGGUAUGGGGGUUUUUUUGGGUGGAAUGAGACGGGAGUGGUUGUAUAUUAUCAUGAUUGAUUCUCUGGUAGUGUAAUUGAGGAUUGAGGGUUCAUGUUUGGAGGUCUCUUCGGGGGUUGGAGUUGGGGUUACUAGCUAGUGGUAGGAUGGUGUGUCGAUGUUAGUCUGUCAGUCGUGCUGUAUGUCUCUGGCAAGACUCAGCAAGGACCUUUCUACUGAUUCGAUUUCUACUGCUUCGAGGGUAGUAGAAGUAGGCAAGGCUGGAUACGAGUAUAUAUCCACCCGUUACUCCCGAG